AUGGGAACUAAACUUGCGCUGUUGAGGCGGCCCAGAGAAUGUCGCGAUAUGGGCGAGCCUGCAUACAGCCACCUCUUUUCGUGUGGCCAACACGACCGGAGGCAGGACUUCACUUCGUCAGUCGGUUCCACGGUGAACUUGUGGGGCCGUUUGGGAGCUAAGUCAAACGGGCCGGUAGGAAUAGAAGCCUCUGGAAUCAGGUCUGGAAUUCACGCAUACACUCACUGA